AUAGUAAAUAAUCCGCCCCUGAAUGUAACCCGUCACCAAGUGCAAUGACAGUAUAAAUAGGACUCACCAAACCCCAUCCACAAUUGCCAUUUUCUUUCUUUCUUUCUAACCCAAGAUUUCCCCCCAUUCUUUGAUUCUUUUCUUGAUUAUUUUUUGUCUCCUCCGGCGAGAGAUGGGAAGUGUUGGGGUGUUGAGGAACAGCACGAUGGUGUGUGCUCCAUUGGCGGCUCCGUCCGUGGAGGAGCUGAUCACCGGAAUGCAUAAGGCGAAAUCACAGGGCGCUGAUUUGGUGGAGAUCAGGCUCGACUGUAUUCAGCAUUUCAACCCCAAACAGGACCUUGAAAUGAUCCUCACAAAUAAGCCUCUCCCUGUCCUCAUUGUUUACAGACCAAUAUGGGAAGGUGAUAACAUUGAAUGUGAUGAUGAUGACAAGCAACUUGAAACUCUUUGUCUAGCCAGAGAACUGGGAGCAGAUUAUGUUGACUUUGAUCUCAAGAUGGCCUAUGAUUUCACGGUGAGAGAAGAAGAAAAGAGAGAGAGAAAGAAGAGGCUGGCCGGAUCAAGUAAAAUGAUUUUAUCAUGCUAUGUUGAAAACCUCAGCUCUUCAAAGGAAGAUCUUAGUGACAUUAUUGCGCGUAUGCAAUCUACUGGCUGGGCGGAUAUCAUUAAAGUCGUUAUCAAUGCAAGUGACAUUACAGAACUUCCAAAACUAUUCCAUGUGCUUUCACAUUGUCAGGUACCAGUUAUUGCUUAUUCUAUUGGAGAAAGAGGUCUUAUAAGUCAGCUGUUGGGCCCUAAAUUUGGUAGUGUCAUAGUAUACGGAUCCAUUGAAGGGAAUCCGCAGGUUCCCGGUUUGCCAAGUAUUGAUCACCUUAGACGAGCAUAUCAAAUUGAGGAUAUAGAUGGAGAUACUAAAGUUUUUGGCUUAAUCUCGAAACCGGUGAGCCAUAGCAAAGGGCCUCUCUUGCAUAACCCUACAUUCAGACACAUGGGUUACAAUGGGAUUUAUGUUCCAAUGUUUGUGGAUGAUCUAAAGGGGUUUUUGAAGGUCUAUUCAAGUCCUGAUAUUGGUGGCUUCAGUGUUGGGAUACCAUACAAGGAAGCAGUAGUCAAAUUUUGCGAUGAAGUCCAUCCACUUGCUCAGUCCAUAGGGGCUGUAAAUACUAUUGUUAGGCAGCCAAGCGAUGGGAAGCUUAUAGGUUAUAACACAGAUUGUGAGGCUUCCAUAACUGCUAUAGAGGAUGCUUUGACCCCGAAAGUUAAUGGGUGGACGAACGGAGCAGCAUUCCAUCCUUCCCCGCUCUCCGGGAAACUGUUCAUAGUAGUUGGUGCCGGAGGUGCAGGAAGAGCACUGGCAUUUGGAGCUAAGACUAGGGGUGCUCGGGUUAUAAUUUUCGACAUUGACUUUGGUAGAGCAAAGGCUCUCGCGGAGGCAGUGUCGGGCGAAGCUCAGUCAUUUGAAGGUUUGCCUUCUUUCCAACCUGAGAUGGGUUCCAUCCUUGCAAAUGCCACACCAAUGGGAAUGCAUCCAAACACAGACCGCAUCCCUGUAGCUGAGGAAACACUAAGCAGUUACCGAGUUGUCUUUGAUGCCGUCUACACCCCGAGGAAGACUACUCUACUGAAAGCAGCGGAGGCCGCUGGAGCGAUUGCUGUCAGUGGAGUUGAAAUGUUUCUCCGUCAGGCCAUGGCCCAGUUCCAUCUCUUCACUGGUCACAAAGCGCCCGAAGAGUUUAUGCGAGAGAUCAUUAUGGCUAAGUUCUGAUUCUCAAAGGUCGAUCAUGAGUUCGUUCGCUCAGAUGAACCAGUAAGGAUUUUCCUAAGAAAAGUGUUAACUAUCAAAGUAGUUCUUAUAAGUUAAUUUAUUUUGUUUUUACAUGUGUAUUAAAAAAUAAUAUCAACCUAGAAACUCUCAUGUAACAAGCUAGAGUUACUGAAUAACAUUUGUAGUGUGCACCGUUAUAACCGUUGUUAUUUAUAGUGCAGAAUAGCAUCUAUGUUGCAUACUUGCAUGGUUAUAUAAUCUUGCAAUCUAUGUAUUCCCCGAG